UGAUGUUAUAUAGUGUAAUCACGCAGGGCUUGGGUAAAGGUGCCUGCGGACCAGUUUUACCUUUAAUAAUCGCUUUGGCGUCUGGUUUCCAACCCCGAACAACCUCGUUCCGCAACCUCAAGCUAGGUCAGUGAGGUCCCCACGAUGGCACCACAGGACACGGCAUCCGGGGCGAGAGAGGAAGCUCCUCCUCGACGACUGAAUAUCAAGAUCAACAACAAGUAUUACAGAAUUGGACCAGAAAUUCCGAAGAACAUGCCCCUAAUAGACUUCCUGAGAGAGCAAGUAAAGCUACCGGGAACCAAAGUCCUGUGCAGGGAAGGCGGCUGCGGCGUCUGUACAGUUGUGGCGACGGCACCCGAUCCCGAGCAUGAGGGAGCCUAUAAGACCUUCAGUGUUAAUGCGUGUCAGGUUCUGGUUUAUGCCUGUGCUGGCUGGUCCAUUGAGACGGUGGAGUACCUAGGGAACCGCUAUGACGGGUACCACACGCUGCAGAAAGCUCUCACAGGCUUUUACGGAACUCAGUGUGGUUACUGUUCCCCAGGAAUGAUCAUGACGAUGUAUGGACAGUUGAAAUCUUCAGGGUCGCUCUCCGCAGCCCAAGUUGAGGAAUCCUUGGACGGGAACCUUUGCCGAUGCACUGGCUAUCGCCCUAUCCUAGAUGCCUUCAAGUCCCUUGCUGUGGACGGAGACCAGUGCCUGAAGGACAAACUUGUCGAUAUUGAGGAAGCAAACAAGGCAAAAUGUCCCAAGACCGGCAAUGUCUGUAAGGGCAAGUGCGAAUCCGGCAAGGAGGAAAACGAACCAGGCUGUAAAAACAAACAACAAGACCACGAUGAUGCCGACCCCAUAGGAGAGGAAGUUGAAUUGACGGAUGGGGAGAUCCAGUGGUACCGACCUCUCACCCUCGUGGGAGUAAAGAAUGCCUUAAAGAAAAUCAAACGAGACGAAAAGUAUUGUAUUGUAGUUGGCAACACUGGACAGGGUGUGUAUAAAGAGGACGGCCCCUAUACAACAUACAUCAGCACGAAUGCAGUGAAGGCACUGUAUAAUGUCACGAUUGGGGAGCCACUUAUCCUUGGAGCUAAUGUCAGCCUCAGUCGCGCCAUUGAGGUUUUCCAGCAUGUUGCCAAUGCGUAUCCAAACUACAGGUACUUGGAUACUCUCGUGCGCCACUGGAAGUACGUGGCAAAUGUGUCAGUGAGGAAUACAGGAAGCUGGGCAGGCAACCUCAUGCUCAAGCACAAGCACCCCGAAUUCCCCUCUGAUAUCUUCCUCACACUGCUCGCUGUUGACGCCCAGUUGACGCUGAUUGAUGCCAACACAACUGACACGACACAGGUGGACCUUGAGACUUUCCUGAGAACAGACAUGUCAAGGCGUCUCAUCACUUCUGUGAUUUUACCACCUAUGGCCCUGGGCACGCAGUUCUAUACGUAUAAGAUCACCCCAAGGACUGUAAAUGCACAUGCAUACGUUAAUGCGUGUUUCAAAAUAAAAGUCAAUCCAGAUGAUGGGUUUAAGGUUACUGAGACUCCCACAAUAGUGUAUGGAGGAAUACAUCCUGAUUUUAUUCAUGCAAAGCAGACUGAGUCGUUCUUGACAGGUCGCAGUUUAAUGGAAACCCCAACUAUCAUAAAUGCCGCAAAAGUCUUAGCUAAGGAGGUAAAUCCAGAUGCCAAGCCACAAGAUGCAUCGCCCCAAUACAGGAGAUCUUUGGCCCAGAACCUUUUGUAUAAGACAGUCGUCUCAAUCCUCGGCGACAAAGUAAGCAGUGAGAUUACCAGUGCUGGCACUAUGCUUGAGAGACCCUUGUCAUCCGGCCAGCAAGACUUUGACAUGAAUAGGGGUAUGUGGCCUGUUGGCAAGGCUAUACCCAAGGUGGAAUCUGCCACUCAGAUAUCGGGAGAGGCUGUGUACCUCGACGACAUACCUACACUCCCUGGGGAAUUGCAUGGUGCUUUUGUCCAGACAAAAUAUGCAAAAGCCAAGCUGAAAUCGACCGAUGCAUCUCAGGCCUUGGCAGUGCCCGGUGUUGUAGCUUAUGUCGCUGCGAGGGAUAUUCCUGGGAGCAACACAUUCUACCCAGGAGGAGUGACCGACCCUGUUUUCGUGGAGGAGCAAGUGAAUUAUGCAGGCCAGGCAAUAGGUCUCAUUGUGGCAAAGGAUCGUGAAACUGCUGUCAGUGCGGCCAAACUCGUGACAGUUGAAUACGAAGAUAUUGAGAAGCCAGCACUCUCGAUUGACGAAGCCUUGGAGCAAGGGCGGGACGAACUUGCAGUCAACAUCAUGACGGGGAAGCGUGAACCACAUGUAUUGGGGGAUGUUGAGGAGGGCUUUAAGAAAGCUAAGAACAAACUGGAAGGGGAGCUGCAUCAGGGAAGUCAGUUCCACCUGACGAUGGAGGCAAUUGCUGCCCGCGUUGUCCCAACAGAGGACGGGUACGACGUGUUUAGCACAACACAGUGGCCCACGCAGACCCAGUCAACAAACAUCUCCAUCUUGCUCGUCCUCUAA